AAAUGUAUUAUGCACAAAAUGAUUAUAACACAGGUGCAUAUCAUAGUGGAAACUUCCGUCUUUGCAGGUUAACACGUAUUCCGGAAUAGCCUUCGCAGGUUUACAAAUAUUCCAUAUUAAGGCAGGAUAGUAUCUUUUCCAUGGACAUAGAGGUGUUUCUGCUCUACUCAUUGGCUGUACUUACUGCCAUAUGUGUUGGCCAUGCGGCUUUCAGCGAGAGAACUGCUGAUAAUCAACAAGCCUCAUCACUCACUGUAGAGAGGGUAGAAGACGCACUCAGGAGAGCAAAAGAAAUAAAUCUUUUGCAAAGAACGAUAAAUAAAGUAGAUAGGGAGUUGAACAGCGAUAAAUCUUACCGAUGUCCGCUAUCUCUGCAUCAUGGGAAACGUGUUUCUAGUAAUUCGGAAGACUACAGCAAAACGAAGGACGCACUUUUGGCUCUGCGGAUUUUGAUGAAAGAAGGUGGAUUUAGUCCAGAAGAUCUCCAGACAAGAGAAGCUAUAAGUAUUUUUAGUCGUGCUGAAGGUAUGAAUUGUGACCUACCUGACCCGGGAACAUGUGACUUCUACAGCAAAUAUAGAACAAUUAAUGGGUCUUGCAACAAUAAAGACAAUCCCCGGUGGGGGAUGACAGGAACGAUUCAAGAAAGAAUUCUGAAAAGUGAUUACGACAGUCUACCAGGGGAUCCUCGAACAACAGGCAUUGAUGGUAAACCACUUCCGAAUCCCAGAUUUAUCAGCAAUGCUGUUCAUGCUAACCCGAGUCCUUUAGAGUCUUUAAGCAGGACAAACACACUUCUUUUAUUUGCGUUUGGUCAGUUUCUAGACCACGAUAUUGCUUUGACUCCUGAGAGUGAAGAUAUUGAUUGUUGCAAAAGUGACGAUAAUCAAGACAAUUGUUUCAACUUGUUUCAACAUUGA